AUGCACAGCAUCCACCUCUCAGUCCUGAGCAGCCAGCAAAAGACAGCAGUCAUGGGCAAGAUCAUCUUCUACGAGGACAGGAACUUCCAGGGUCGCCACUAUGAGACCAGCAGCGACUGCCCGGACAUGACCUCCUACCUGAGCAGGUGCCACUCCUGCAGGGUGGAGAGCGGCUGCUUCAUGGUCUACGACAGGCCCAACUUCAUGGGGAACCAGUACUUCAUGAGGAGGGGCGAGUACGCCGACUACAUGAGCAUGAUGGGAAUGAGCGACUGCAUCCGCUCCUGCAGGAUGAUCCCCAUGGCCUGGAGUUGGACUUUGGUGUCCGAUUCCCGCAUAAAGUUUCAGACUGUUCUGUUUGAAAGUAUCACCAUCUGA